AUGGCUAUUGUGAAAGAUGGUGGUAUAGUUUAUGACUCAACAACCGACGCCACCGUUGAUCCUGUGAUAGCACCUCCCAGCGAAGGAGGGGAAGCAACAACUUCUACCGAAGAGGGAAAUACAAAUGAAUUGCAUGAAGAGGAGGAAUCAGAAUCCGAUGAGCAGGUAGAUACAUUUAAUGAUGAUGCUGAUAAUGAUGGUGAUGAUGAUGGUGAUGAUGCCGGUGAUGAUGCUGAUAAUGAUGGUGAUGAUGCUGUUGAAAAUGAUGCUAAUGCUGCUGAAAAUGAUAGGGAUGAUGCUGAUAAUGAUGGUGAUGAUGGGGGUUAUGAUGAUAUUUAUGAAGAUGUUGAGGAAGAUGAAUCCCAACCACCGCCGCCAGAGGUGUUCUUUGAGGAAACUUAUUACAACAAGGGUUGUAAGAUAGGAAGCAGGUGUCUUGUGACUCAGACAGUAGAAUACAUAGAGACAUUUGAAGAAGAAGUCAGUUGGUUCAAGAAGCAUUCUCAAUUCAAGCAUGUAUUCCACAUGCCUAGGGAGCCAAACCACAUGGUGCAAGGUAUGUGGAUGCUUCUGCUUCGUACAGCUUGUACAAACAUGGAUAGAGAGUGUUGGUUUGUAGUGAAUGGAGUGCCUAUUAGGUAUUCUUUGAAAGAUCAUGCAUUGUUAACCGGGUUUGACUGCCAUGAGUACCCACCGAACUACAAAAAAAAAAUAGGGGGCUGGGAAUUUGCAAGAAGGAUGUUUAAAAGGAUUGAGAAAAUUAAAAUUAAAGAUGUGGAAGCGAAGCUGAAGAAAAUGAAGAGUAAGAGCUCAACUGAUAGAGUGAGGAUGACUAUCUUGUACUUCUUGUGCAAAGUAGUGAAAGCUAGCUCUAAGGGUGAUGGAAACAUAGAUCCGUUCCUUCUACGUGUUGUUGAUGACUUAGAAGUUGUGGAGAAAUUUCCUUGGGGACGUUAUUCAUUUGAUGAGUGUAUGAAAGGGAUUCAGAGAGUUAUGAAGAACAUGAAAAGGUCGGUGAAAGAAAAAGCACAAACUAGCUUUUGUGGAUUCAUUGUUCCUCUGGAGAUUCUGGCAUUUGAGUGUAUUCCACAUCUUGGAGACAAAUUUAGAGAAGUUGUACCGGCAGAGAGGGAUUGUCCAAGGAUGUGCAAGCACAAGUUCACCGAAAGUUGCAUGAAAGGUUUUACCUUGGAAGAAAUUAAUGCAGCAGUUGGAAAUAAAACGGCUAUUAUUAGCAUCUUGGAACCAGACAUGGAUGAGAAACAUCUUUUGACGCGCAUAAUAGAUGAUGGUUUUGAUGAUGGGAUAGGUGUAAUUGACCCACUUGUUGAUAGUUGGAGAGACCGUCUAAUUGUACAGAAGAAGAAGAUAUGGUGGAAAGGGCUGUACAAACUGGAGUUGGCUGGUAGAAGUAUCAUUCAAGUCCCUGAGACUGCAAUUGAAAUCCCAGAAAUUGGAAAUGAAAUCCCGAAUAUGGGUGCAUCUAUUAGGUCAUUAAAGGAAGCGAUGGAGAAAGGGUUUGAGGAAAUCACGAACAAGCUUGCUGGUUUGAAUGAUAGAAUGGAGUUUGUUGAAAUGUAUGUAUCAUUGCAGUUAGAUAAAAAAGCUGAAAGAGUAAUAUAUUGUCAGGACACGCCAAUGAAUUAUGGUCUGAGAACGCCAACAACUUGUGGUCAGGAGAAGUCACAUGACAACGGAAUUGAUCAGGGGACGCCAAAUGACCCCGUCUCUGCAAAGGCUCAUGAGGGUCAGGAGAAGAAUCAAGAGAAGGAGAAAGAGAAGGAUCAAGAAAAGGAGAAGGAGAAUGAGAAGGAUGAAGAGAAUGAGAAUGAGAAGGAUCAAGAGGAAAUGGAGGAAGAAGUGGAAAUUGAGGAACAAGAGAAGAUUAAGGAGCAAGAGAAGAAGAAGGUGAAUACGAAGAAGAAGGGUAAAGAAAAGAAUGACAAUGUCACUUUAAUAGAAACUGGGAAGAAGCGAAGAAGGGCACCAUCCAAGCUGCUCAAGACACCAUACACAAGAGGUGGGAAGCAACAGCGAAAGUAG